GGGUUAACUGGUUGCUUCAAAAACAAAGUGCUUCUACGUCUCUCGAAAUGUGAAUUGAUGGUUGUCUGGUGUUGCGAAACUGUACAACUCCAUAACUUUGCUAGAAUAGAAACUUAGUGGCCUUUGACAGGAUGUUCUUGGAACCCACAUAAUAUGGCAGAUAUAGUCAUUGGUAAAGAUGUUAUCUUGCAAGAGUUUGAAGCUCUACAUGAAUUACUCAGAGUGCUGCCUAGCAGAGCUCAGCUUGGUCCCAAAUCAUUUGUUGGCCAGGUUAGGGACGUGAAGGCUCAUGGCAUGAAGUAUCUUCUUAGCUCACUCAAGGAGAAAGCUCAUGACAACUUACGCAGCUUCCCUAUCAAUUUCACCUGCUUUGAUGUUUCACAUGAUGCUGUCCUGUUGGGGUGUAAUCUCGGGAUUGUGUUUUUCUAUGAUCGGAAUAACAAUAAACUGAGCAAGUUACCACCACAAUCAGGCCAUGACCCUGUAACAGGUAUUAAGCUUUUGGCAUUAAAGCACUGUGUUGCAGUGGGCUUUGCAAAUGGUAUCAUUCUCAUCUACUCAUACCAGCUGACGGCAGCACAAGGCCUAACUAAGCAUGAUUGCAUGCAUGUUCUUGGGGCUCAUAGCAGCCCUGUCACAUGUAUGGAAUGGAGUCCUGAUGGGGAGCUUCUGUACAGUGGAGACACAGAUGGCAGGAUCAUCAUGACUGUUGUCAAUGUGCCUGGGGGUGUGACCCAGUCUGUAUUGCUGUUUGUUGAGAAUGCCCCUGUGGUUCAGUUGUCUUACUCGCCCCAGGCACUGCUUGUGUCAACCUGGAGGCAUACUGUGCUGUGGCACUUCACUGGUGAUCAGCAAAUACAAGUUGGACAGAAAGAACGAAAAAGUCCAGGAAGGUUUGGUGCAUGUUUCUAUCCACCUGCUAAACUCUUGGAAGAUCCAGACAGUCCCACACUUACUAUUUAUGCAGCAAGACCUGGUCUCCGCCUAUGGACAGCAAAUCUGGAGGGCAAUGUCUCAGCAACACUAAUGUACAAAGGAUUGAUGAGCGAAAACCCCCCAGGCAUACAGACACUGAUUCACACACCCUUCCCUGCACAAUCCAAGACCACCUCUGCAUCCAUGCAAUUUGGACCACUUCAGAUCUUCCAUGGCCAGUUUAUCCUGACAUGGGACAAGCAAAGAAUGUGUUUGCUGGACACGUCACCCUGUGCUGUGGCAUGCUACCAUAGCCAAUUCCAGGGUGAUAUUCUGGAUGUAUGUGCUGUUGGCCACGAGAUCUUUGUUCUGCAGCAGUCUGGCUCAAGGCUCAUCAGGAAAUUCUCACUGAUUCCCAAGCUGCCCAACCCGCUUGUCAAAGUAGAUCAGAUACUAGAGCAGAGUCUAAAGCAGAAUGAAGACCAAAAGGGUAUCUUACCAUUAUCCAGCCAAACAGAAGCCUGCAAAGAAGACACUCCUGACAAUGAGACAACCACUGAUGCCUCUAAUGCAGAUCUCCCUUCCUCUCACUGUGAAACCCGUGCCCCAGUGGCCAUAGAGCCAGUUCUCACAGAUGACAAGACAAAGAACCUGACUGUACUAGCUGCAAAGAUCCAAAAUGUUGUUGAAGAAGAUUAUGGAGAACUUGUUUUUCGUAAAAAGAAGAAGAAGAAGAAAUCAAAACCGGCCACCUCCAACCUUGACGUUGCCACAGUGCCUAAUUGUGUCAACAAAAAUGUGUCAGACAACAUCACUGAGGAAAUAUCGGACAUCUCUUCAGAGCUGGACUCUGGAAGUAAGAGUGAGCCCAAUUCUGGUGAUGAGGAAGGCGGAAGUUGUGGGCCCAGUCUUAGAGAAAUAGAAUGUACAGAUAGUGGUGAAACAAAGUCAGAGAGGUUGCUGGAAGUUGAACUUGGAUUGAAAGAAAGUUUAGCUGAUACAAGCCACAAACUGUCAGAGAAUGCCUCGGAAAAGUGCCAAUCGACAGAAAGCUCAGCUAGAAAAGUAUCAUUAGACCCUUCACUAAACAAUCUAGAGAGACAAGAUAAAAAGAAUCAAUCAGUAAAGGACAAGAAUCAGAGCAUGGCGAUAGAUGAUGGGAGCUGUAACCAAACUGUGAGCUUGCAGGAUGAGUGCAGUACCACAACAGGUCCCAUUACCGACAUGCUACCAGGUCAUAACUCUGUCAAUGUGGAUAGUAUUGAUGGUCCUCCAAGCCUAGACUUGAGUCAUGAGCAUUGCCAGCCUGUCCUGGGCUUGAACAAGAUGCCAUAUGAUGGCUACAAGUCUCCCCCACCGAUCUACUCAGAUAUACCACUGAACAUUUCGGACAUGUCCUUUUCAGAAGUGGAAUCAUCACACCACUUGAUCAAAACUGACCUUAGAUCUCCCACUGAGCUUAGCAUGGAUCCGCCAACUGAGGGGCAGAGCGACUCGGAAGAGACUCCACCCAUCUGCUUGGACAAGGAUGGUGCAGAGGAAUUGCCUGAGACUUCUUCCUGGACAUCGUCCCCUCGCACCCUCAGCGAGGCAGAGAGCAGCUCCAUGGAGGUGUAUAGGAGCCGUGAUGACUCUCGCAGCUCCCAGCGCUCCACUCAUUCGAAAUCCAGUCAGAGCUCAGCUCGCAGCUUUCAACUUUUGUCUGAUAGCUGGUCUGACUGCCAUGGGCCCGGGCAUGGCACAGUGAUCUCGCUGGCAGUCUCAGACACACAUUUGUGGUGUGUGACUAAUUAUGAGCAGAUAUUCUACUGCCCGACACGGUUUGAAGUGCUCUCAUGGACUCGACUUGAUGGCGAUGCCAAGAUGAUUGCUGUGAAUACUUCCGGUGAUGUCAUCUGGCUGAUUGACAAAAAAAACUAUGCGUACGCUCGUAAGGGUAUCACUGACAGUAAUCUGAUUGGUCGGGAUUGGAUCCCUGUGGAAAAGAGCAUGCGGUACAUAGCGCUGGAAGAGUCAGCAGUCUUGGGCAUAAAAAUGAAUGGCGAUGUUUUUUUAAGGUCAGGGGUGAACAAGGCCACCCCUGACGGGAAAAGUUGGCGCACCAUAAGAAUAAGUACGGAGUACGUCCAGGCAUCAUGUUUUGACGGCUUGGUCUGGUUCUUAGACAAGAAGGGAUCGAUUCAAGUGUAUAGAGAUAAGCAAAAUACUGAUGUGGAUGAGAACUGGAGUACUUUAGAAGGUAUCACCGCACGCUGGGUUUGUCUCAAUAUUGAAGGCAUGGCCUGGAUCAUUGAUGCAAAGGGCUUGCUUUGGUUCAGCUGUGAUGUGUCAUGUGACAACCCAACGGGUAGCCAGUGGUAUCAGGUCUCUCUAGGCCAAUACCUGAUGUAUGACGCAUCCCUGCUAGAGACCAUUUGGUCAUGGGUGCGACGAGGAGAUGAGACCAAGCUGGUAACUGCUAGCCCCAAGGCAGGACUGUGGUUAUUAGGAAGUAAUGGCUCUCUAAACGCGUCCCGCGGCCACCUAAUGGGUAGCUACUGGGAGUCUGUCACGCCACAGGGUUUGGCCAAAUCCGUAUUCUGGUCCUACGUGUCAGCUCGCGCUUACUCAUCUACCACUCAAAAAGGCUACGUGUGGGCUCUACAACCGAAUGGCGAGCUCGUGUGCUUUAACCCAGAGUCCAAAACUAUUGCCGUCGAUCCCCCAAGGGGCUGUGCGGUCCUCAAACUAGUGGCAGCCUCCAGCAAGACCGUAUGGGGGAUCUCACACAACUUCCGCGUUGUACAACUAGGUGGGGUCAGUGAGGCAAGCCCACAGGGAAUAGGCUGGGUGCGAUUACAGCUUGAUAUUUUUCAAAUCGGAAGGGUGUGCCACAUUAGCUCGGGUACCCUGUGUACAUGGGCGGUCGAGGAGACUGGGAAGGUGUGGCUGCGGAUCGGAGGUGAGGAAGACAGUGAUCCCAAGAUCAGUCAGGUGUGGCUGCAAGUAGACGGAGAACCGCUGAGUAACUGCAGGUUCGUCAAGGUGUCCGUCAGUCCCGAUGACGCUGUUGUCUGGGCUCUAGACGAUAGAUUCAACGUUUACGCGCGUCGCAAUGUAACGCCAGAUUUCCCUGUUGGUACUUCAUGGGAGGUGGUCCCUGGUGUUGGCAUUCGAGAGGUGUCCAUAAGCGGAGGAUAUGUAGUAUGGGCGCUGUGUACUAAUGGGGACGUUGCGUGUAGAUAUGGCGUCAGCGGGACUAAUUUUCUCGGGGACUACUGGAAAAAAGUCCCUGGGAAUUUUGAACUGAUUUCGGUUACCCCUGAUGAUGAAUUAUGGGCAAUUGAUCAAAAUGGUCAGCUGUUUUGCCGACGCACUCAGCACUUUUAUGGGACCCAGUCCCCUUUCAAGCCACGUUCUAACAGCGGAUUGUUCCCAGGAGAGGAGGAAUGGGAACUAAUUUGAUACACAUCCUAGCAAACCAUGGCUGGUUGAUUUGGGGUGUUUUCAUAAUACAUAAAAAUACAAAUAUCGAACAACCUCAAUACUAAAUUGAGAGUAGUUUACUGUCGAAUCCGUUGUAUCGCUACCCGCAUUUUCAAAACACGAUUUGUUUUUUGUCUUCUGUUCCGUCAGCAAAACCAUUCUCAGCCAAUUAGAGUCUCGCUUUGUGCACUUCCCUGGCUAUCCUCUGGACGGAAACCAGACAGUGUCGCGACAGAAUGCCAGGCAACUGCAGUAGGCGAGAGAUGGCAAGAAUCGAUUGGCUUAGAAUAAUUUGACUGGCGCAACAGAAAAUCCCAAAAGACAAAAACAAAUCGAUGUUUUUAAAAUGCGGCGUCACGAUACAACGGAUUCGACAGUAAUUGUCUGAGUUGUCUCAAGAAAAAUAGUCUUUUUUAAUGGAAGACAAAAUAAACUUUAAGCAUGUUA